UAGCCGUGUAUUGAGAUUUGCGCGACUGGGUUCUAACUCUUUUUGAAAAAAAUCCUUUUUGGGUUUGAGAGCCCUCUUGCCAAGUUUGAUCGAUUCGCAGCGUUAAAUUGAUCUGGGUUUUCUCAGAUCGCCGUAGAUUUUGAAUUUCUGCGUGUUUCGAGCUUUCUUCCGAUUUUUCUGGUGUCGGAUUACAGCUCGUAGGCUUACUUUCCGAUGGGUUUCAUUUCUUUUGCCGGUCGGGUGCUGUUCUCUUCCUUAUUCAUCUUCUCGGCUUGGCAGUUGAUAAAUGAUCUUGGCGUUGAUGGAGGAUGGGUCACAAAAUCUUUUGAACCUAAGGUUGUGUUAUUUAAAAAUCAUCUCACAAACAUCCUGGGUAUUCAGAUACCCGAAGUUGAGUUUAAGCAUCUGUUGAUGGCAGCUAUUGGUGUGGAAGGUAUUGGAGGCAUUCUCUUCAUCUUUGGCAGCAGUCUGGCGGCCUAUGUGCUGCUCAUUUACUUGGCAAUUGUGACACCAAUCUUGUUCGACUUCUACAACUAUGACAUGGCCUCAUCUGAAUAUGUAACUGAGCUUAUUCAGUUUUUGAAGAAUUUGGCACUGAUGGGAGCCCUGCUCUUCUUCCUUGGAAUGAAGAACUCGUUUACAAAGAAACCCAAGAAAAAAGUAACAAAACCAAAGACAAAUUAGAUUAAGCUCACGCUUCAGGUGUUUCAAUGUCAAGUAACCUUCAGCGGUGUUUCCAUUUUCUACCAAUUGUCAGGCAAAUGUCUGAGAUCACAUUUUGCGCUUCAUCAUCUGGUUAAAGUGGUUUAUUUAUUGAGCAAGAAUAUUUUUAGCUUACUUUUUUGGAAUCAGUUCUACGAAGUUGUAAUAAUAAGACAUUUCCUGAAUUUGUGGAUUCAAUUUGUCAUAUUGUUGGGAUUUUUGAAUAGUUUUAUAUGCCAACUGCAACCUCUUAGGCGUCA